AUGAACGACCCCAAACUAUUAUCACCCAGUCACUCUGGAGUAAAUCAACUUGGCGGAGCAUUCGUAAAUGGGCGUCCGCUGCCAGAUUCCAUUCGUCGAAAAAUUGUUGAGAUGGCUCAGGCGGGAGCCCGACCGUGUGAUAUCUCUCGAAUGCUACAGGUCUCCAAUGGUUGUGUCUCCAAAAUUCUUUGUCGGUUCUACGAAACUGGCUCCAUCAGACCGAAAGCUAUUGGUGGGAGCAAACCACGAGUAGCUACAGACGCCGUGGUAGGAAAAAUUGCUGAACUCAAACGUGAAUGCCCCUCCAUUUUCGCUUGGGAGAUCAGAGAUAGACUUAUUCAAUGUGGUGUGUGCAAAUCAGAUAAUGUACCUAGUGUUUCCUCCAUAAAUCGAGUUCUCCGAAGUUUAAUCACCGAAUCCCAAAAGAGGAUUCAAGACGUAGGACCCAACAUGCCAUCUCAAAAUUCCAUUCAACCUUACAUGAAUCAGCCAAAUUUGACCACAUCAGGAAGAGACUCAUUCCCUCACUUCGGAGCCCUUUAUGCCUCCAAUUCAGUUUCAAUCAAUCCCACAGAAUACCAGAGUUCUGUAGCUCCAGAUAUGUAUAACCGAUUGAAUCAAUUCCUUCAUCAAGGCAACACCACUUGGUCGCAAAGGUAUAUCCAUGCCAAUUUAACAUCGACUGGGAAGCCAACUUCAGAAACGUACUACCACCCACCAGUUGCAACAGUACCUGAGCAUUCUGGAUAUAGUACUUCCACAAAUUUAGCUCAUAAUGAUCCGAGGAAGGCUUGUACUGCUCCAGUUCUUAGUCCAAUGUCCAAUCAAAGUAAGAUUACCGCAUUAUCUUUAACGCCUUUGCUAACUACAGCCAAUCAAAUGCAGCAAGAGCAGCAACCCUACGGAAUUUCAGGAAUGAUACCUCAAGAUGUUUCCGCGCCCGCUUCUCAAGAUAUUUGGACACCGGCUGUCACUUCAUUUGCAACCCUUGAUUGGAUGACUCCAACAGAUGGGCGCAAGCGUUCCGCAGCAAGUAGUAUUGAGAGUUUCGAAAGUGAUGCUGCUUCCUCGCCUGUGAUUUCUGAUGGAGGCGAAGAAAGGAAACCCUAUAUUCGCUAUCGCACAACUUUCAACCAAAAACAGGUGGCCAUUUUGGAGAAAGAAUUCGAACGAAGUCACUAUCCGGAAUACUCAGUUCGUGAAGAUCUUUCCGAAAAGACAGGACUUCCAGAAUCAAGGAUUCAGGUAUGGUUUGCAAAUCGUCGAGCAAAGUAUCGGAAGGAAUGCCGACAUCAAAGUUCAAGUGAAGAAGGCUCCACUGCACCUACUCUGAUGGCAAGUUGUGAAAAGAAUUCACAAGCUUCUGAAGUUCAACCUGUUUUAACAGAAGCAUACACAGAAGGUAGUACAACUUUCAACCAACCUAUAACUUGGCCAUACAACCUCCAUACACACGAACAGUGGCUUGAUCAGACAAAAAACUCGUGGUUCUAUGAAAGAUCUUCCUCUACCAAUAUGAACGCAGCUUCGUCGGCAUUUUACAAUUCCACGAUGAUAAGUCCGCCAAAGUUAACGCCAAUUUACUCCGGUUAUAAAAGUGAAAUAAUUUCGAAUCAACCGGGGAUAUCGCACUCUAUUUCACAGAAUACUCGUCCAGCUUUGAGUGACAGCAACAGCACUGAGAGUGAUGGUCUUGGGAGUGGAGUUGAAGUGAACGAUUAUUCCAACUCCGGUCCAAUAACAACUAAUACAAAUACCUCCAGUUAUGUUCCAAAUUCUCACUUGCGAACGAUACACAACUAUUCGCCAAUUUACUCAACGAAUCCAGUUAUCAGUCUUCCACAACAUCACCUGGUGUAA